CUCAUGACUUCUGAUCAGGACACUAAAGUUGUGGCUGAACCGCAGGUGCAGCAAGUACAAGAAGUUAAAGACGGUUCUCAUCUAAUGCUGAAGAUCUGAAAGGGGAUGAAGAGCUGCCAGCUACCGUGCAUGAAGAGACUGCAGCAGACAUAGAUAACUCAGCUGUUACUGAUGAAGGAAUGUGCAGCAUGGCACGACCUCUAGACACUGGGGAGGAAUAUCCAAUGCAGCAGUCGGCACAAGUGGAAGUUAAGUUUAAUUCACAGAAAGAACUGUUUGAGUAUAAAAAAGAGGAUAGGUCAAACACGCAGAAAAAGGAAACAAAAGAAUAUUGUAGCAUAGACAUCCAAUCUUAUGAUAACUUGCUGGCUAACAGGUGUCAGGUGUGUAGGUUUAACACUGACAAUACAGUAACAGAUGGCUUAAGAGCAAAAGUAUAUGAUGAAGUCGUCCCUGAGAAUCGACAAGAGGAGGUAUAUACCACAGGUAAUGCUGUCAGUUGGAAUGAAUCACUCCAUAGAGCUUGUGAUUCAGUAAAAUUUGCAGAUGGUGCUGAAGAGGACCGAUACAGCCCUAAUUCAGAAAACAUGAAAUGCAAUGAUUGUAUUUCCAGUGCAUUGUUAAACAGUAGAGCAUGUAAUUCAGGAAAAAUUGAAGGAAGUCAUGAUUCUGAGAUUGUACCAUUUGAUUUAAGUAGGCAUCCCUCAAGUGUUGUAAGGGAAAUGAAUACUAAACAGGUGGCAGAGAACAUGCGGGGUAACUUUAAAUUACCAUUAGAGUUAUGUGAAAUGGACAAUGAUUCUUUUUCAAUGAGUCAACAUGUAGAAAAACUUGCUGAAGAAGGCUGCUUCCUAAAGCCAGAAAGUGAAGUAAACUCAAAUGUGGAAGAGAGAACAUUUCAAAGAACAUGUGAUGGUAGCCAGAUGUUUGCACCUGACUCUAGAGAACAUCACAGCAUUUUGGAAGAGUUCUUGAAAGAUAAAGAGGAAUGCACAGGGUUGCACUGAAAACAAGACAUCAACUGAAGUUGCAAACCACAGUGGCAUGGAGGAAGAAGUCUGUGUGAGUAUAAUUGAGCUAAAAGGCGACAUGCUUGAGGAAGCUGGUAGCUUGAGCAGAACUCCAUCGUGGGUAAGUGAUGGCACUUUGACAACUCAUGAACUAUAUAACACAAGCACAGAUGAAACGUUCCUAAAGGAAAACAGCCUAGAAUCUCAUAUUUCAAAAGAGUCACCAGGGAAUAAAGGUAAAGUAUGCAAAUAUUCGAAGUCAGAUAACAAAAACAGUGUCUCUUCUGUGUCCGUGGAACAUGAGGAUAUGAACAAAAUGGACAUAAACUGUAGACAAGGUGAGCAACAGGAUGUAUGUUCCUUCCAUGCAGUGGAAAAUGAAUGGAAUGUGGGGACUGACUUGGCCAAAAUAGCUGGGGAUGUAGUAGAAUCUGUAAAACAAACAAAACUUGAAGCUCACCUAAAUGAGACAAUUAAUAACAAGGCAGAAAAUGUAAAACAGAAUUUGGGUACUAACAUUAUUGAUCGUGAUAAAAACUUCUUAAAUUGCAAUAAAGGCUUGACUCACGAUCAGAAUAUUCACUCUAACUCCACCGUACCUGUAGCUUUGGACAAUUGUAUGUACGAGAGUGUAAAAUUGAUAGAUGACACUAAAAAUCUGGAAGAUGCCAGUAAUCUCUUACAUAAAGCCCAUAACUGUUUACCUUCUUUGUGUCAAAAUUCAUAUUCUCAUGUGCAUGAUAAACCAGUGGAAGAGCCUGAGGUAUGUCACUGUGCCAGUCCAGAGCCAGAGGUCAGGAACACCCAAGUUUGUGUUGGGCCUCUUACUGAAGUAGGAUCAGAAGCUCAUGAAAAAAGUGUGUGCGAUGUAAGUGAAUGUAAUCUUCAGGAUGGUGAAGUAAAACUGUGUGUCAGCAUCUGCUCAGAGGAGGAGAGCCUCACUAGUUUUAGCAUGUCAACUGGGAAUCUAGAAGCUUUUACCACAGGGAAUUUAAAGCAAUUGGAAGCCAAGGCUACUGAACUGAAAAACAGCAGUUACAUAUUAAAUAAUGAAAUGAAUGACUUGGCCACAAGUUGGGAACAGAUGCAGUCAGAUCACAAGAUUUUCUCAAACAAAGAGCUUGGAGUUUUUGUUGACCCAAAGCAGGUAGACAAAUACGCUGCUACUCCUUCCUAUGAAAUACACAGUGCCUUUCCUGGUGCUGCAGGAUUUCAGCGAGGCAGUGAGCAGUGUGUAUUGGAUCUGAUGGAAGACGUAUCGAGUGACCAAGAGCACUCCUAUGAACUGGACAGACAAAAUCCCCAAGUUGAAAUAUGGUCACAUUUCAUCAGUCUUCAGACUGGCAGUGCCGAUUGGACAAAUGAGUUAUUUUCUGACACUGUUACUGCUGGUAAUGGUGAAUAUCUGAUGGGCUUUUUAUGGAAUAAUACAAUUUCUAACAAUACCGUGAAGAAUGACAGACUAUGCAUAGUUAGUGAAAACUUCCAGAACGAACCUGAAGAUCUAACAGGUACUUCGUAUGCCGUGGGAAGUUACCUGCAUCAGCUGCUAGCACCAGAAAAUGUUGGUACUUGGGGAUGGCAAGAUAAAGAUGAAUUUGAGUCAACCAAGGUUUCUGAGUUAAAUCCUAAUGCAAAGGUGUGGGGAAAUCAUAUGUUACACUUGGAAGCAAGUGGUGCCACUGAUGGUAGCGUGAGCAAAACGUGGGAAGAAAUACCUGACCAACCUCCAGAUUCUUGUAAAGAAGGACUGGGUGCUAAUGGUGAUGGUGACAAAAAGCAUCAGAAUGCAGUGCUGACAGAGCUGCAGGAGCCGUCACCAGCUGUUUCGGUGUCAGACCAGACGGAUAUGAACCCUUUGGCUCUCGAUCAUUCUGAGUAUGAGUCUAUACAUGAAACCACCCAGACAGGUGGAAACGAACAGUUGCAGCCAGAAGGUCAGGAAGAUUUACGAGAAUUACUGAAAAAAACACUGGAAUUCUGUUUAUCAAGAGAAAAUCUUGCCAGUGACAUGUACCUUAUAUCACAGAUGGACAGCGAUCAGUAUGUGCCAAUAAUGACAGUAGCGAACCUUGAUCAUGUCAAGAAACUCAGUACUGAUAUGGAUUUGAUUGUUGAAGUGCUGAGAUCGUUGCCUUUAGUCCAAGUGGAUGAGAAGGGAGAAAAAGUUAGGCCAAAUCAGAAUCGCUGUAUUGUGAUUUUACGUGAAGUACCUGAAUCUACCCCCAUUGAAGAGGUUGAAGCACUUUUCAAAGGAGAUAAUUUGCCUAAGUUUAUCAACUGUGAGUUUGCCUAUAAUGACAACUGGUUCAUCACGUUUGAAUCAGAAGCUGAUGCACAGCAGGCUUACAGAUACCUUAGAGAAGAAGUGAAAACUUUCCAAGGAAAACCAAUUAAGGCAAGGAUAAAAGCAAAGGCAAUAGCUAUAAACACAUUUUUGCCAAAGAAUGGAUAUAGACCUCUGGAUAUGAACCUCUACACGCAGCAGCGUUACACAACAUCCUUUUACUUACCUCCAGUAUACAGUCCCCAUCAGCAGUUUCCAUUGUACAGCUUAAUUGGCCCACAGACCUGGUCAGCCACACACAGCUACCUUGACCCUUCAUUGGUAACACCAUUUCCAAAUACUGGAUUUAUCAAUGGGUUCACAUCUCCAACCUUCAAGCCUGCUGCUUCUCCAUUGACUACACUCAGACAAUAUCCCCCCAGGAAUAGGAAUCCUAGCAAGUCUCAUAUACGACAUACAAUACCCAGUGCAGAAAGGGGACCUGGGCUUCUAGACAGUCCUACAAUAUUCAACUUUUCUGCUGAUCGUUUAAUCAAUGGCGUCAGGAGUCCACAGACGCGGCAGCCGGGACAAAACAGGACACGGAUGCAGAAUGCUACUACAAGCUAUACCAAGAGGGAAGUAGGAACUGGACGGAUGGAACAGACCAGCGUUGACUCAUCUCCUGGAUUAGGUAGAGGAAGGAAAAACUCAUAUGGCUACCGAAAGAAAAGGGAGGACAAGUUUACAAGAGGCCAAACACAGUCUCCACCACCCCCAAAACCUCCAUCUCCUAGCUUUGAAUUGGGUUUAUCUAGCUUUCCUCCAUUACCCGGGGCUGCUGGCAAUUUAAAGACCGAAGACCUUUUUGAAAACAGACUGUCCAGUGUGGUAAUAGGAACGUCAAAAGAAAGAAACAUUAAUGUGGAUGCAAGUACAAACACUGUUCCAUCGGGAAUUCCUCGAGAGCCGUUGUUGCCAGUUUCUUCUACAUUGCCCAGGACGUUUGAAAGGUCUCCUUCGCCAUCCCAGUCUUCUGAGGACUCCAAGGUUGUGGAUAAACAGCAGAGAGAGACACAGAGUACAGAAAGGCUUUCUUCUUCCACACUCAGUACUGCAUGUAAAUCGGUACAAGUCAAUGGAGCUGCCAUAGAACUGCGAAAACCUAGUUAUGCAGAAAUUUGCCAGAGAACAACUAAGGAUCCUCCUACAUUGCAACCCCAGAAAGAACAGAAGCCAAACACUGUAGCAUGUGGGAAAGAAGAAAGAAAGCCCACAGAAACAAUAGAGAAAAACAGAGAACCUCCUCCUGCAAAGUCACAUCCUGGACAACCCAAAGACCAGAGGAGACAGUCAGGACGCAGAUCGUCCCCUCCAGCUGUUGGCAAACGCUUAAAUAAAGAACAGAAUACCCCUCCGAAAUCUCCUCAGUGAAACUAACACCUGGGAGGGAUUUGAGAAGAGGUCUGCUUCCCACAAAUUAAACCCAUGUUCCCACUAAGAUACCUGAGAAUGAGUUGCUGGUUAGGAGCUUGCAGUGAUACUAGGCAUAUAACAAUGCCUGCAAGUUAUUUUUCUGUGAAAUACUUUUUCCCCUCUUGAACAAACAUUCUAUUUUUCUGGAUAUUUCUGGAUAGUUGUUCUAAACCUUACAUUUAGGUUGGUGCUUAAUUGGAGGUGAAGCUUAGUGUGAUUAUUUUUUUCCAAGAUGUAAAAUAUUUGUCUUUAAAAAAAAUCAACUUUUUAUUAAGCCUCUCUGUGGCUGUGUGAGUGCAAGCUCUGUAUAGUGAGUUUUUUCUAAACUGUUAAGCAGAAAUGUGCUGCUGCAAUAUUUUUAAUAAACUGGUCUGCAAGUACAUAUCUAAAGUGUCCAAAAGACUGAUAACGGCAGCUAGUGUGUAGAGUGCAAGGAAGUAGAUGUAUUUUACGAAUUAGUAUGUGACCUUGAAGAUUUUUUUAUUGGGCUGCUGUACUAAGUGUCAGCAAAUGAACUUGCACUUUUAGGUUAAAGGAGUAGUUGUUUCUAGCGUUUUUAAAAAUUUAAUCUUUUUUUGAUGUUUUGCACACACAAAAUGAAUCCUACGGAGCACCAUAGCAGUCUUUCUAAAAUACUUCCUUUUUUGACUUACUGCAAGCAAGUAACCAUCUUCUCACUCCAGAAUAAAACUGAUGUUAUAAUUUGCAAAUACAAAGCACAUUGUGAAUAGAAAGAAUUAAGUCUGUGAGCUUCUAUGGUGGUGAAGCCUGUUAGUGGAUGUUAUCAGGAGAAAGCACUGUAGCCUUCUUGUGAUAACCUUAGCUUCCCUGUGCUUGUAAGGGAGUUAACUGAGUCAGCGCUGUAUGUUCUGGUUACCCCUGUGCUCUGUGUAGACUUUUUUUUAAACUCUGCCCCAAGUGCUCUUUGAAAGAGUUCAUAUCUUAGUCAGCCUUGUGUUGACAUCUUCCUGUAACUACAAGCAUUGGCAUACGGAUUUAAAUUUUUUCAAGACGUGAGAUAAUGGUGUUUGUUUUGUGUGGUGGAGGAAGAGAUCCCUGAUAUUUACCUCUGGGAUGAGGUUUCUCACACUUAUUUACUUUAGAAGUGAUGCGCUUUCUGAAGGACAAGGAUGCACUAAAUUAGCAAGUUUCUAAUAAAGUUGAAUAUAAAUUAUUUUUGUUUUAAAAUGCCUAAAGUUUUUCUUUAAGUGUUUAAACUGCAGGAAGUUCAGACAAAACUCAUUCCUGCUGACUAUGACAGUACAGUUUAUUCCACAAAAAUGUUUAUUUAAACAACUGAUUUUUUUAAAGAAUUAUUUCCAUCCAAUAUUUAAAGACUUGAAUUUUAUUUAAACUUGAAAAUGACUUUGCCUUAACUUUUGUACAAGACAGCUUAGAGUUAAUGAGGUCUGACCCCGUGGAGGGUUAGCGUGAGUGGAAUACAGAAUUACUCAGUUACAGUAUGUAUCUAUUGUCACUGGUCUUACUGGGUAAACAUACUGUAGUACAGGAACUAGCAGCAGUUUUUGUAAUAUACCUUAAAGAUCUUAAACAGUUGAUCUUUUUCAGAUUGUUGAAAAACCUGUAAAUGCAAAUAGUCAAUACUGUAUUAAAUAUGUGCACUUGGAAGUGUGUGCUUUGCUUGUACAGUUGUAAAUAAUCAGAACAUAUAAAAAGGUACCCUAAAGAAAAAAUCUGAUAAAAAUUAUUGAUAUUAUAAAUGUUGCUGUUGAGCUGGAUGUAGAUAAACUAAAUGUUGUGGUUUGAAUAUUACUUUAAUUUGUUGUUUUUUCUUUUUCUUAUUUUAUUCUGGUGUGCUGAACUGACUCUGCCUCUUCACUGCAAAAGGGAAACGGAACGAAAGUCUUAUUUGAAAGCCCUCAAAUGUUUUCCUAAGUCCCUCUAAAAACAAGCGAUUUAACCAAUUCAAAAGUGUUCUGCAAUGUAAAUAGUGAAUUUCAGCAGUCAAAUUGUAAUUUUAAGUCAUUAAUAAAAUCAAAUUUAAUUGGAAAAAAUUUUAGACUGCUACAAAAAUAUACACAAAGCUUACUUGUCUGCUUUCAAGAAUAUCAGUGCUUUCCUUAGUGUAUGAUUCCUAGAACUGUAAAGUAACUAUAGAAGUUGACUCCUGAUAAAUUUCCUGUUACAAGCAUCAACUGGUAACUAGUUGACCUUUUAAAUCCAGCCUGUUGUAUGCUGCAGAAUUGGUCAAAAUAGGGCAUGCUGGAAUCUGUUGAUUUUUCUUGUUUAAAAAGCACACUUCGUGAAUGCUGUGGGAGGAGAUAGGACUCUGACAACAUCACCAAAACCGCUCAACUAGUUCUGUCAUUGGAUUUUUAAUAUGCUUCUCCUUUCCCCAGUGGCAGUGAAAAUGGUAGCUAGAUUUGUGUAUGGUUUAGGCCGGCUGUAUGAUUCAUUUUGUUUGUCUGCUGCAAGUGAAAGGCUUACCAGCUGCAAACAAUCACAAGUGGUUCCUUACAGCGACUGUGUACAGCUAGUCAUAAUACUCAACUGGUACCUAAGGUAAUAUAGAGACCAGCGGGAUGUGUUGUGCUGUUCUAAUGUAUUCUGCUGCCAUUUGUGCUAGGUCAAUACACUGUAAUUACUGCUUACCCAGCAACAGUCUGUUGCAUCGAAAGUUUAAACCUUCCUCUGAUGUGGUUUUUAUAGCUUUUUUAAAAAACAAAAAAAGUGACACGCCAAAUAGCUGUGUAAUAUACGACCUAUCCUUACUGCAUUUCACUUUGAGAUUUAUUUUUUUCCACUCGGUGACAAAAUGGAGUUUUUGGAGUAGAGUUGUGAAGUUGCAUGCAGACUGUUGCUACGAUACAUAGAGAGAUUAAAAUGAAAAACCUCCCAAAAGCAGUAGCUGAGUUAAAGGUUCAGGGGUACAGUAACUAAAAUUGGCAUUUUACCUUGUAGGACUGUGUGGUGACACUUUUCAUUUUGAAAACAAGUCAAAAUGGGAUCUGAGACUCUUCUUCCAGGAAUUUAAAAAAACAAAGAUUGCUUUUAAAACUUAAUGUUGUUUCAGAUCAGUCCCCCACCAUGACACUGUCCUUUGCCACUUAGAAAUCUGUGAACAGUGGCAAUUUUUUUGUGUUGCUGCAUUAUCCUUCAAAGACUUCAGCAGUUGGCAUAGAAAGGCCCUUGUUUGAGUGUGGUGCAGUGUAUCACGAGCAACAGCUGACUGUAAUGGUGCAUACCUAUCUCUGUAUCUCCUUCUGCUAGCUACAGUUAGGGAUUUUUAUGUGCUUUGUAACCUAUUACACUAAUAGCAGCAGACAAUCGAAGAUUUCUAAGGAGACCUAACAGCUGCCAAUUCACGAAAUAGAAGUGUAAUAUGGGAGCCUUCCUGAGGG